UUCAGUCGCUCGCCAAUGAAGCGGUGUGUGUAAUUAGCACCAAUCAACUUUUGUGUCUAAAUUCAACUGACUCGUAUGCAUUCAUACGUUUUUAUCCACGGUUCAAGAACUUUGCUUUCAUGACACACGUGAACUCGAUAUAAGCCACCUCGAGGGAACAUUUAGAGAGCAAACCUCGAGAGUUAAGACUAUGGCUUCGAAUGGCAGCGAUGUCGUAAACACAGCGCUGAACGGCGAGGGUAGUGAUGUAACAGGAGAACUAGAGAAAUUACGCAACGGAGGCGAAGAAAUAGCAGCCAACAGAGAAGUAAGUGGCAGUUCUGGCAAGGAAGUCCAGCAAAACAGCAACGGAAUCGAGGGAAACAUGAACGGUCAUCAAAAUGGCGACUCAAAGAGCCCGGUUGGGAAUGAGGAAAUUGUGAAACUCGCUCCUGCCGAGUCGACGUGGACGGUACAAGCAGAAGGUGCUGUGAAGCUGUUAAUGGGAUCGACUGGAAGCAGAAGUUGUACCCCACUUACCGUCGUUCAGUGUGUCGAACGAGCUGUGCGUCAUGCCCCGACCAGGACAGCCCUUGCAGUCAAGCGAAACGGCGAAUGGCUGAAAUGGACCUACGCUGAGUAUUACGAAUCUAUACGAGCUGCGGCUAAGUCAUUCAUAAAGCUUGGUUUGGAGCGUUUUCAUGGAGUUGGGAUCAUUGGAUUUAACUCUCCGGAGUGGCUCAUCUCAGAUUUGGGGGCCAUUUUUGCAGGAGGUCUAGCUGUUGGGAUUUACGCCACAAAUUCUCCUCAAGCAUGCCAUUAUGUUGCUGAAAAUUGUGAGGCUAAUGUCAUAGUUGUUGAGAAUAAACAUCAGCUGCAUAAGAUACUUCAGAUCUGGGACAAACUUCCCCAUCUGAAGGCUGUGGUUCAGUACAUUGGUGAGAUAGAAGGGGACAAGCCAUCUAAUGUGUACACAUGGAAGGAAUUCAUGGAAGUUGGGAAAAGUGUUUCGGAUGAAACCCUUCAAGAAAGAAUGGAUGAGUUGGUGGCAAACAAAUGCUGCACACUUGUGUAUACUUCUGGAACUACUGGAAAUCCCAAAGGUGUCAUGCUGUCACAUGAUAAUUUAACUUGGACAGGAGAGGCAGCUUCAAAGUUUGUGGGUAUUGGAGAGAAGGACAUAGAACAAGUGAUCAGUUACCUUCCACUCAGUCACAUUGCUGCACAGAUGUUGGAUAUUUUCAUGCCUCUUUAUUCUGUUGCUACUGUGUGGUUUGCACAGCCAGAUGCACUGAAGGGUACACUCUCACAGACCUUACGAGAAGUCAGGCCAACUUUGAUAUUUGGAGUCCCAAGAGUGUAUGAAAAGAUCAUGGAAAAAAUGAAAGAAAUCGGACAAACAGUGACAGGUUUGAAGAGGAAGGUGGCUAAUUGGGCCAAGGGUGUAGCUUUGCAAGGAAACAUAAACCUUGAAAAUGGUCAUUCAGUUCCAUUUGGUUGGACUCUAGCCAAUAGCCUGGUACUGAAAAAGAUCCGCCUAGCCCUGGGACUAGACAGGUGCAGACUGUGUGUAGUCGGUGCCGCUCCUGUUACUUUGGAAACCAUUCGUUACUUUCAGAGUAUUAACAUUCCUCUGUUCGAGCUGUACGGAAUGAGCGAGAGUACUGGUCCCGCAACCAUAUCUAUCCCAGGCUGUGUCAAGGCUGGAAGCUGUGGUGUGGCUUUUGAAGGAGUGGAGGUUAAAAUCCACAAUAAAGACGAGGAAGGAAACGGCGAGGUGUGCCUCAGGGGACGUCAUGUUUUCAUGGGAUACCUGAAGAACGAAGAGAAGACUCACGAAACCAUGGAUGAAGAAGGAUGGCUUCACUCAGGAGAUAUCGGAAAACUUGACAAGGCUGGGCAACUGUACAUUACUGGACGAAUCAAAGAGCUGAUUAUCACGGCUGGCGGUGAAAAUAUCCCACCAGUCCCAAUCGAGGAUGCUAUCAAGGAGGAGGUUCCUCUGAUCAGCAACGUCAUGGUUAUUGGAGACAAAAGGAAGUUUCUCUCUUGCUUAUUAACGCUCAAGGUUGUUGUUGACGUAGAAACUGCCGAACCUUCUGACAAUCUCACCGAUGUUGCCCUCGAUUACUGUAAGUCCAUCGGCAGUCAAGCAAAAACUGUUUCCGAAAUUCUGUCGACCAAAGACGAGAAAGUAAUGAAAGCCAUCCAAGAGGGAAUUGAUCGAGCUAAUGCCAAGUCCACGUCCAGAGCUCAAAAGGUGCAGAAGUGGCGCAUCUUGGAAAAAGACUUUUCCCUUCCAGGGGGAGAGUUGGGUCCCACUCUGAAGCUGAGGCGGCCAAUUGUGAACAAAAUGUUCAAAGAUGAGAUCGACGGUUUCUACGAAGAAGCAUAAGAUCAAACCAGUAAAACAAGACACAUGAAUCUAGUGUAGAUAAAUGAUAUAACGGAAUACAUUGGUAGCUGUGUACGAUUUCGACGUAAUAUAUUGUCGACCCCUUUUUAUGGUAGUUUUGAACUUUGGUAAACGUGUUUGUUUGUAUAUUGAGGGAGAACAAGUGAUCAUUAUCCUUAUUAAAGGAGAGGCAAUCAUAACGGCGUAGAAAAGUUUAAAUCAUCAAAGGGGAUACGAAUAACUUGAUGGAGAUUAAUUAUAUAUAAAGAAACAUGACGCACAGUAAUUUAAUGCUUACAUUUUAAUCUAGUCAGGGGAUUGAAUUAUGAUCAGCACAUUGGAUUUGCGCUAAAAUUCAGCUCGAGUGUAGAGAAAAGGGGGGUCUUCCCCCCUCUCUACCCUCCUCUCACCACCACCACCACCCCCCCUCCGGCCCUACCCCGCCGUCACACCCAGGGAGCAGGUUAUGUCAAGGCUCUUUGAGAAUUGUUUAUAAAUGUAACAUUGUCGCUGUUAAUUGCCCUAAUUUUUGUAUUUAUUGCGGCAACUGUUCGGUGAUUAGCUAUGUUGGUAGAUUUAUAGGAAAACAACAAUUUUGUGUAUAAUUUCACGUACGUGUAAGUCUCAAUGUGCCUCAAAGCUAACCUUCGUAAGAUGCAAGGAAGAGAAUUUCUUCCAGUGAGGUCAAGUAGAAGCCUCCUCCUGUAAAAAUAACGACGGCAAGAGUGGGUUUUCAGUUUUGCGUUUAUCGCAAGGCGGCAGUUUCUGCCUUUGCGUUUGACGAAAUAGAUUUGGUUAGUUUAAGCGUGAAAGAAACUUUCCCUCACCUUAUAGCUCCCAGAUAUGAUUCAAAUGUAAUUUACCCUUACAAACUUCGUACAUUAUCAAGCAAAGUCGACAAGAGUACACAAAAUUAUCACUCACAGGGUAUAGUUUGGUAUAAUACCAAAUUCUCCGCCUAAUUCACUAGGGAAUGUAUGAAAGUUGGAAGGGAGAAUUGCGAGUCAAAUCAAGGGAGUUAAAGGUUAAAAGAUCUGUAUUCUUAAUAGAUAAAACCUAUAGAGAUCUGUAUUAUUAGGGGAACUGUAUUGUUUGCUAAACUAUUGCAGGAAAUUCUAAAUCUGAGAACCUAAAGACAGUUACUUCUCGUUACUGCAUAAGAAUUUACCAUGAAGUUACUUUUCUUUUGAGCUCAUAUGAAAUAUCUCUUCUGUAAGAUAACGUAUAAAUAUCUUGGUUCACAAAAGUCCUACUGACUAACAACUAAGCAAGGAUGUUUAGUAAUUUCGGGAAGAGAAACAUGUAAUGCGCUUUGGCGUCUUGCAAAACGAAGAACAGGUAGUUUUUUAAAGGGAGACUGUUUGUCAUCUGUUUGUUGGGCGGAAACCAACUCAGUAGGAAUCCUGCAAUUAUUAGGCAUCCUUACUCCGUCUAGUUUCAAUUGAUAUUAGGUUUGUGCAGUAGUCGCGAACUACUGAAAUUAUAUUGUUUAUGUAAUCACAUGUAUCUAUCUAAGCUUAGUCGAAAUAUUGAGUAGUAAGUCACAUAAGUGUGAAACAAACAGGGUCAUUGCGAAAAAUUCGAUUUCUAUUAAAAUCACUAUCCAGAUGUU